CUCUUCUAAAUAGGAGUCUCUCUCCCUUAGGUCCUUCCUCCAGCCACCGAAUCCCCUCAUUAGCAAGGCUUCUUCGUCUUUCUUCCAUAGGGUUAGGGUUCGUUUCGCUGUGGCGUUUCUGCUUCAACAAUGGAGAACCGAGACGUCACUGAUACUCUUCAGAGAUAAUCCAUUUUUAUGUCCUGAAAAGCCUCUUUCUUGUUGACGCAUGGCUUCACUUAGGGUUUCUUCGUGGGUUGCUUGAGAUUCGAAUUACCAUGUCGGAGAAUAAGAACAAGUGUUUGAUGGGGUGGCAGUCACAGUAUGGAAUAUAUUGGUUCUGAACAUGGAAGUAAGGAGAAUUAUCUGAUUAAAGGUGCCAAGUCAAUCUCACUCUUAACACCUCAGCCUUGUGAAGAAAUUGAAAUUAUGGAAAACGAAGGAGCCCCUGAGUUCAUGGUUGACCAGGGCUUAUACUAUACUACUGCCAACAAUUAUUAUGGGUAUUACUGUACAGGAUUUGAAUCCCCUGGCGAAUGGGAUGACCGCCAUAGGUUUUUUGGUUUAGAUGGUCCGGAUCCCAAUUACGCUGGUUUGCAAACAGAAAGUUUGCCUUAUGUAUAUUAUACACCUAGCUAUGGAUAUGCACAGUCUCCAUACAAUCCAUACAAUCCUUACAUACCUGGUGCUAUUGUUGGAAUGGAUAGCCCCUUUGUAGGAAUGCAACAGUAUGUUACUGGUCCCAGUUCACAGCCUAAUGUUUCCUCACCUGCUUAUUUUCCUCUUGUUGUUCAAUCUAGACCAGAAAUCCUCCCAAGUAGUUUACAAGAUCCAUCCUUGUUUAGUACUGGUGUGUCUAAGCUCAAUAAAGCUGAUGCCCCAGGCUCAAAGCAUAACCUUCCAUCAGCAUCUGCAGAAAUAUUCCCAUCCCCUCCAAGGCCUGCCUUGGGGAAUUUGAAACCUGAGCUUGCUGAUACUUCUUUCAAUCCAUCCCGUUCUUCAUUUAAAAUAUCAGAAGAAUCUAAAGCAAAUGUGGCACCGAAUAAUCAGCUUGGUAGUUCACAUUUAGCUUCGCAUCAUGGUACUCAGGGUAGAAAUACUCCUGGUUCAAUUCAAGCUGCUGAUCACUUCUCAGCUGAAAGGGUUUCAUCUCUUCGCAAUUCGUUGAAAGUUGCACUCCCUGUUAGCAAUGGUUACUCUGACUUUGGACUGAAUGCCCGUGGAUGGCCUACAGUGGAUAAACUUAGGCCAAGACUGCAGUAUGGUGGAGUUCUAAGUAAUGGAAAUGGAAGCCCAGAUGUGUUGGGUGAGCAGAACCGGGGCCCUAGAACAAGCAGAUCAAGAAGUCAAUGGGCAUCAUCCUUCUCUGUUAAUGCCUACACAACAAAGGCUGGUGAUAUUGAUGCAGCAGGAAACAUCAUUAUCCAUCCUGAGCAGUACAACAAAGAUGAUUUUCCUGUUAAAUAUGUGGAUGCCAAAUUUUUUGUAAUAAAAUCCUACAGUGAGGAUGAUGUGCAUAAGAGCAUUAAGUAUAACGUUUGGUCAAGUACUCCCAAUGGAAACAAGAGGCUGGAUAGCACAUACGAGGACGCACAGAGAAUAGCUGCAGGAAAACCAAGAGGCUGUCCUGUCUUUCUGUUCUUCUCUGUCAAUGCAAGUGGGCAAUUCUGUGGGGUUGCAGAGAUGAUAGGUCCUGUUGACUUCCACAAGGACAUGGAUUUCUGGCAGCAAGAUAAAUGGAGUGGUAGCUUCCCUGUUAAAUGGCACAUAAUAAAGGAUGUGCCAAACUCUAAUUUCCGGCACAUUAUAUUAGAGAACAAUGAGAACAAGCCAGUGACUAAUAGCAGAGACACACAAGAGAUAAGAUAUAAACAAGGAUCAGAGAUGCUAACCAUAUUCAAGAAUUACACCUCAAAGACAUCUAUGCUCGAUGACUUCAUGUUCUAUGAGGAGAGGCAGAAGAUCAUGUACGAGGAGAAAGCCAGACUCCUAAUUAAAACCUAUGAGGGUUCCUUUUUGGUGCCAACAUCUGUUCCUCCAGAGAAACCAAAUGUUUUGGUAGAUGUAUCUUUGAAGGCAGAAGAGAAGCCUACUGAACAUAAUGACCUGGACAGCGCAGGGAGGACAACGGUAUCGACUAGUGAGCAAGAACCUUUGAAAUCUGUUUCCACAGACUCUUCAAUUAGUACGAAGGAUGAUUAUGAUCACAAGGUGGGACAAGAUGUAAAUGAUGUCACAACUGUUCUGAAGAUUGGUUCUCUCACUAUUAGCCCUAAACAAGCUGAAGUUAAAACUUCCAAUGAGAAAACUGCGACAGUAAUAGAACCUGAACCUAAUCAUGUUGUCACAGUGGGUUCAAUGCCUGUCAAUGUAUUGGGAUCGUUGCCUGGGAUUUUGAUGGUAGGGACAAUUCCAGUCAAUCCAAAAGCACCAAAGAUUGAUAAAGAAUGUGUUCUUGCUUCAGAUGGUAACCCAGUCUAAAGUCACUAUCUGCAGUCUAAUAGGUUUAAUCUGUAACGUACUAUAAUAUUUGGUUAUAGUUGUAGGCUGGAAGAAGUCACUUACAGUUUUCUUUCCCUGGUUCUUGUCAUAUGUUUCGGCUGUCGAUGAAUCUGCCGAAGAGCUGCCUGUCUUCAUUUCUUAAAGUUGUUUUGGUGUGUACUUGUUGGGAUGCAAGGUCUAGGUUUUUGGGAACCUGUGUUGGUUCCAAAUUUAUAUGGCUCGCACUGAUUGUAACUUUGAUUGAUCGUUCAUUUCGUUAAUACAUUGAAAAUAUACAGAGAAAUUUCAUGAUCAUUUGCUA